UUUUACUUGGAUACCCAGUCUCACAGCUUCACCCAGUUCCAGCGCCAUGAGGUUGUCCACUCGACUGUUCAUUUCGGGCAUCAAAGUCCCGGUAGCAACUCCUGGCCAGAAAUGGAGGUCGCUACUGCUACUGCACCAUCACCAUCUCCAUGUCCAUAUGGUUCACAGGUCUCGAGUUUCAUUCGCGAAGGCCAGCUCCAGGGCACCAGAGACUGCAUCCAGGAUUUCAACAUAUACAAAUGACACCCACAUCCGCCAGGUUGACCAAAUGCCUGCUACACCGCAGACAAAGGCUCAGGAUUUGGAGGAACAGAUUGAGAGAGUGAUAUAUUGGUUCCGCUUCAUGACAUUUCUCGGCAUCUUUGGCUCCUUGGUCGGAUCCAUACUUUGCUUCCUCAAGGGUUGUAGAUAUGUCAUGGAUUCCUUUGCAGAAUAUUUCUUCAGCGGUGGAAAAGUGAUCUUGAUGUUGGUUGAAGCUAUUGACAUCUACCUUAUAGGAACUGUGAUGCUGGUGUUCGGGAUGGGUCUGUAUGAGCUUUUCAUCAGUAAUUUUGAUAUUGCAAAGAAAUUUUACUAUAGAUCAAAUCUCUUUGGCUUGUUCGUACUUCCGGAAAGACCAAAAUGGCUGGAGAUAAAGUCUGUGAAUGAACUAAAGACGAAGGUAGGGCAUGUCAUAGUGCUGGUUCUAUUGGUUGGACUGUUUGAGAAGAGCAAGAAAGUGGCCAUUGGUACUCCUAUGGACCUGCUCUGCUUUGCAGCUUCUAUUCUCGUCUCAUCUGGUGGCCUUUAUCUUCUGUCCUUGCUUCUCAAUGCAAGAAGUGGACAUGAAUGAGCAAGUUUAACUUUGGCAUCUACUUUAUAUUAAUCUUACUCAUGUGAAGUACACCCACUGACCCACCCAUGUAUGUACAAGUGUACUGCCAUGGCGCUCUUAAGAAGUUACUCUAUCUGUAUGUAAAUCAAGUUGUGUUGGGAAAUAUAAGUUACCUAUUUAUAUUAAUCACUUUAUAAA